CCCGCUUCUUCCACCUGCCAGCUUGCCUCUCCCCCCUCCUGAUCGAUAGUCUGACUCACGUCAAGCAGUGUUCUUGGAAGAGUCUGAGACACAAACAUCGUCAGACUCAUCUCCUUGCUACCGAUUUGUCGGAUCACCGCCGAAGCUGACGUAGCACCAGUACCCUUGAUCGAAAUACUUCACGUCCCUCGAGACUCAGGUCCCCACCCCUCGCCUACAUCUUGCCAUCCUCUCUUGGGCCUGAGCAGGAUCCGCUCACCAGCGUAACCUUAUUGGAUCGGCUUCAAAGGAAUUACCCAUUGUCCUUGUGCUUUAGUUAUCGGAACGCCGAAGAGCGGGCGCCAAAGUCAAAAGACCAUCUUUCAAGGAGUAGUCACAGGAGACGUGCUCAGUCUUCUCUGAUUUCCGACCAUGGCACACAAUUUCGAUCCCGCAAGCGCAGUCGUAACGCCUGUAGAUGAUUCGCCGAAGCCAGCAACGCCGAUGGAAGUGGAUGAAAUCAUUCCUGUCGUAGACGAAGCCGCCUUUGGAGCUAAGCACCUCGCAGAUCUUGGGCAGGAAGAAGACGACUUCCGAACAUUUCAUUGGGAUGUGACAGAAUGGGAUAGGCUAGAGAAGAGGAUAACGAGUCCGGUCUUCGAGUGUGGUGGCCACAAAUGGCGUAUACUGCUGUUCCCAUUCGGCAAUUCGAAUGGUCAGCCGAAUGACAUGGUCUCCGUAUACCUUGACUACGCAGAUCAAAAGUCACAAGAAGGAUGGCACGUCUGUGCCCAGUUUGCCCUCGUCAUCUCGAACCCAUACGACCCCAGAAUCUAUUCGACAAGCCAGGCUCAUCAUCGCUUCACCGCCGAGGAGAUGGAUUGGGGCUUUACAAGAUUCAAUGAGCUCCGCAAACUGGUGCAGCCUGGUGUUGGCCACUCGAGGCCGAUCAUUGAGGCAAACCACGCCAAGAUCUCAGCAUUUGUGAGAGUGCUCAAGGAUCCCACUGGCGUCCUUUGGCACAACUUCAUCAAUUACGACUCGAAGCGAGAGACUGGAUUCGUUGGACUCAAGAACCAAGGAGCCACCUGCUAUAUGAACUCUCUGCUCCAGAGUCUCUUCUUCACAAAUUACUUCCGUAGAGCAGUCUACCAGAUCCCUACUGAGAACGAUACGCCCGCCGAGAGUGUGGCUCUUGCGCUGCAGAGAGUCUUCUAUCUCCUGCAAAGCUCUGACCAGCCUGUCGGAACAACGGAGCUGACCAAGUCCUUCGGCUGGAAGUCGCUCGAUUCUUUCCUGCAGCACGACGUGCAAGAGUUCAACCGAGUCUUGCAGGAGAAGCUCGAGACUAAGAUGAAGGGUACUGCCGCAGAUGGCGCAAUCUCAAGGCUCUUCGUUGGUAGAAUGAAGAGCUACCUGCGCUGUGUCAACGUCGAUUACGAGAGCUCGCGGGAGGAAGACUUCUACGACAUUCAGCUCAAUGUGAAGGGCAUGAAGAAUUUGCAGGAGUCCUUCCAAGACUACGUUCAAACCGAGAUGCUCGAGGGCGACAACAAGUACCACGCCGAGGGCUACGGCUUGCAAGAUGCCAAAAAGGGAGUCAUCUUUGAGAAGUUCCCUCCUGUUCUGCAUCUUCAGCUGAAGCGGUUUGAGUACGACGUCGAGAAGGACGCCAUGGUCAAGAUCAACGAUCGCCAUGAGUUCCCCAUGCAGAUCGAUCUCGGAGCGUUCCUCGACAAGGAAUCUCCUGUCCGCGAUCAAGAUUGGAAGUACAACCUGCACGGCGUUCUGGUACACUCUGGAGAUCUCCACGGAGGCCACUACUUCACUUUGAUCAAGCCGGAGAAGGACAGCAAUUGGCUCAAGUUUGACGACGACAGGGUGACCCGCGUUCUGGAGAGGGAAGUAUUGGAGGACAACUUUGGAGGAGAAUACCCAAAUGGCCACCUUGGUCAGGCUGGCGCUCGAGCUCCAGUGCGGGCGAUGAAGCGCUUCACCAACGCCUACAUGCUCGUCUACGUUCGCGACAUUGACUCUGAUGAGGUCCUCAAGCCUUUCACGGAAGAGGACACACCAAGGCAUCUGCGAGAACGACUUGAAGAGGAGCGCUUGGCUCUUGAGGCACGGAAGAGGGAGCGGGAGGAGCAACAUCUAUAUCUGACGACCAAGAUUAUCACCGAGGAGACCUUCAAGUCUCAUCAAGGCUUCGAUUUGGCCACUUUCGAGGAGCGCAACCUGCCCGCAAGCGAGCUACCCUCUUUCCGAGUCCUGAAGAAUGAGCCCUACAUCACCUUCAAGCAGCGUCUGGCACAAGAGUACUCGCUGCCGGACAAUUCCUUCCGCCUCUGGGUGUUAGUCAAUCGUCAGAACAAGACGGUGAGACCUGACACGGUGGUCCCCGAGAAUGACCCUUCCCUCACCCUGGAGGCUGUCCGUGAUCGGAUGGCAUCGAGGCAAAAUGACCUUAGGUUGUUCCUCGAGCCAUUGACACCCGAAGUCCGUCUCAACGAUCCCAGCCCUCCUUUGAUGAUCUUCUUGAAGUACUUUGAUGCUUCCAGGCAAUCUCUCGCCGGUGUUGGCCGGGUCUACGUCCAGCGCAAUCAGAAGGUGUCGGAUCUGAUUCCCACCAUCAAUGAGUUGAUGCGCUGGCCGCCGUCAACGAGCGUGAGGCUGUACGAAGAGAUCAAGCCGGGUAUGAUUGAGCAAAUGAAGGGCAAGUCGACGUUUGCUCAAAGCGAGAUCCAAGACGGUGACGUGAUCUGCUUCCAGGUCGAGAUCUCGGACAAGGAUGCGCAAGACUUCGAGAUGCAGUCGCUGUACUCCAAUCCCAUCCAGUUCUACGACUUCCUGCAGAACCAGAUCAAGGUCCUCUUCAAGCCUCGCUUCGACGACGUCGAGUACAAGCAGGAGUUCGAGUUGACUCUGAGCAAGAAGAUGACAUACGACACGAUGGCUCAGAGGGUCAGUGACCGCCUCAAGCACCCGCCUCUGAUGUUCCGAUUUACCACAGGCAACGGGCCGAACGGAACGCCCAAGACGGUGCUGAAGAGGACGGCGAACCAGACGGUGAGCGAGAUCGUCUCGCCCAGCUACUUGCAGGGGCAAGCAUCUCUCCUCUACUACGAGCUUCUAGACAUCUCCAUCGUCGAGCUGGAGACGAAGCGGAGUCUCAAGAUCUACUGGACAGGAGCUCACAACAAGGAAGAGUCAGCACAUCCCUUCUUGUUGCCAAAGACAAGUCCCAUCAACGAUGUUGUCGAGCAGCUCAGCAAGGUGGUGACCCUGAGCGCAGGUGGAAGUGGCAAGAUUCGUAUCUUUGAGGUAUCCAACAACUUCAGGCAACAGCGAGAGCUUGGCGGAGUCGAGAUGAUCGGCAACGUUCCCGAAUCGACUGAGCUCUUUGCAGAAGAGGUGCCGGUGGAAGAGCUGCAGGCAAAGGAGGAAGACAAGAUCAUCAACGUCUUCCACUUCUCGAAGGACCUGCACCGGACACACGGCGUGCCCUUCAAGUUUGUGAUCAAGCCUCGGGAGAAGUUCUCUGAGACAAAGGUCAGACUGCAGAAGCGGCUGGACAUGUCGGACAAGGACUUUGCCAGGUUCAGAUUCGCCCUUGUACAAUCAUCUACCUACAAGCAACCGGCAUAUCUCGAGGACGCGGAUGUCAUCUACGACCACAAGUUCCUGCCGGACGACGUCUUGGGACUGGACCAUGUGGACAAGACUGGAAGGACGGGCAGGAUUGGAGCAGCGGCAGUGGAUCGGGGCAUCAAGAUCCGGUCUUAGCCGCGUGCACACAGCGAAAGCUGAUCUACUUGGCGUGUCCUUUCUGCGCCAUGAGCAAGUCGAGCUCGUUCUCUGUUGUGUCCCUAGACUCCUUGUACCACUCUUGUCCAUCUGUCGUGAUUCGAUCCUCGCAAUCCUUUAUUCUCUCGACCCUGACUGCCUCCUUCCCUGCGACGUCUCUUUCUCCUCCCUCUGUCAGUCUAAUUGUAGGGAGGUGGUCCCCAACUGAGAUAUCCGUGAGAGCCUUUGUAAUUCCCUGUCUCCGACGACGCUGCCCCUCACUUGCCAU